UCCCAAAAGGCAGCUUUUAGGUCUAGCAACCUAUUGCUAGGCCUAAGCACUGUCACACAAUGGAGGGUCAAGGCACCCAUUAAAAUUAUGGACAGUCCCGAGGCACCCUUUAAAAUUAUGGACAGUCCCGAGGCCCCCUUUAAAAUUAUGGACAGUCCCGAGGCUCCCUUUAAAAUUAUGGACAGUCCCGAGGCACCCUUUAAAAUUAUGGACUGUCCCGAGGCACCCUUUAAAAUUAUGGACAGUCCCGAGGCACCCUUUAAAAUUAUGGACAGUCCCGAGGCACCCUUUAAAAUUAUGGACAGUCCCGAGGCACCCUUUAAAAUUAUGGACAGUCCCGAGGCACCCUUUAAAAUUAUGGACAGUCCCGAGGCACCCCAUUCUAAAAUGUGA